AUGGACCAUAAAGGAGCAGAAACCUCUGAGGAAAAUCCCCCAAUCUGCUUUAAAAAGGAUUUGCAUCUCCAUGAUAAUGGCUUCAGUUUAAAUGGUGCUGGAGUGCAUCAUGGUAAUCAAAAGAAAGUGAAUAUGAAUUACCAAGAUCUUAUUGAGCUCCCUUGUGGUGUCAUUAAUCAGUUCAAGGAUGUAAUGAUUCUGGCUUUGAAUGGGAAUGACUUGACUUGCCUGCCAGACUCUAUAGGAACACUGGAAAAUCUUGAGGAACUGUGGUUAAAAGAGAACCAAGUCAGGUAUUUACCUGAGUCCAUCUUGAAACUGAAGCACUUGCAGAUACUGGCUCUUACUGGCAAUUCUUUAUCCUGUCUGCUGGAAGAUAUGGAUGAACUCUGCAACAUAGAAGAGCUGUUUCUAAAUGAAAAUAAGCUCAAAAUUCUCCCUGAUACACUUGGCUGUCUACCAAAGUUACGCCACCUUGACUUGAGCCACAAUGAACUGCUCAAGAUUCCCAUGAGCUUUGGUCGUCUCAAAAGCCUGGAAAUUCUGGACCUGAGUCACAAUCACAUUGCGGAAAUCCCAGAGUCACUGGGAAAGCUGAAAUACAUGACCAUGUUGGACAUAUCCUACAACACAGUGGCAAAGCUCCCCAGUAAAUUUUCUAGUGCCCCAGUUUUAAGGAAACUGUAUAUCCAGUGCAAUAUGAUUGGCCCAGACUUGCCCUCAUGGUUCCAUGAGCUCAGAAGCAUUGAAGAGCUCUCUUUGAAUGAGAAUAGCCUCUAUGGAGACAUCUUCAGCUUAGAAAUGGGGGAGACCAUGCUGCAACUGCGGCACCUGGAGUGCCGUGGUAACCACAUCCUCCAAGUCCCUGAGAACUUUGGAAAUCUUGGAAAUUUGGAAUACUUUCAUGGGGGCAGCCAUCUUGAUGAGAUUGAACGUCGUCAGACUUUUCAUAAUGGCAAUGACUUUGAAACUUUACCUGAGUCUUUUGGGAGGCUUCAGCACUUACGGGAACUUCACCUUGAAGAGAACUUGCUGGAGAAGCUUCCAGAGAGCUUUGGUUCCCUGGAUAGUUUGGAAGUCUUGGAUCUGGCCCAUAACUCCCUUCGGGAAUUGCCAGAAUCUUUCUGCAAUCUUGCAAGUCUCCGUGUGUGUUUUCUCUCACAAAACUUUUUAGAGUGUCUUCCUCACAAGUUUGGCAGACUAUCUGGACUGAAAGACCUGAGGAUUGCUAAGAAUUUGUUGAGAAGCCUACCAGAUUCCUUUGGUCAAUUGAAGGAUCUACAAUGUCUGGACCUAUUUGAUAACAGACUCACUGCCAUACCCCCAUGCUUGAAGGAGUUGACAAGUCUGCAGUUCUUGGACUUGGAUUAUAAUCCUUUUAAGGACCUUGAGGCUGUCGAUGUGCCCCUCAUACGGCCAGAGAUGUCCUAUUCAGCCCGAGACCCCACUCUCAAGGGCAACUGGCGGGGAUGCAACCGAGAAACCCUCAUCAAUCAGCUCCAUCAGAGUGGUUCAGUGUUGGCCCAGGCCCUUGGCAGGAGCAAUAGUCUCUGGAAAAAGCACUCCACUUCUAAUGACUUUCAGCCAAACGAGGACGAGGAUACUCCAUAUCAUUCCUGCUCUAAUCCUUCAGGCAGUAGUAGUGAGAGUGAAAACUGGGAUGAUGAAGGAGGCCUUUCCCAGUUAAAUCAAGAACUAUGUACAAGGAAGACUGGGAAGGACUAUCCAAGCGAAAACCUCAUUGCUCCUCCUCCAUCAGAGGAGAAUUCCCCUAGUGACUGUCUGGCUUUUCCUGCUCCAUCAGAGGAGGAGGAAAAUUGGGACAAGGACUCUGAUCUCCAAGACUGUAUCUCCUUAUAUGAUGAUGAAGGGAACUUCCCUCUGAGCCGGGCACGACCCUACAUCCCACUGAGAACAUCACACUGUUUCAUUCCCUCAGAGUCUCACAUGCCCCAGGUGAUACGGGCCUGGUACUUCCGCAACCUGGACCAGUACCCUGUUCCUGAUCAGUUUGCUGACCCUUAGUCAUUUGAAGUGUUUGACACUUUUUCAACUCAGGAAAAUCCCAUGGUUCUUUCACAAAAAAAAUCAUCCAAUGUAC